GGAGACGUUUCCACACUGUUGUGGAGUUGUGUGUGUGUGGUUUGUGUGUUGGUUUUUGUGUUUGGUCGGUGAAUAGAGGAGGAAAAUUGUAUUUGUUCGGGAAAGGGUGAAAACAUCAAUACCAAUCAUAUUGGUCCAGUAAAAUUAAGGCUAGGGCCAUUAGGGCCACUUUUCUGCAUAUUCACAAUUGUUGUUAAUAUGGGUUUCUUGACCAUGAAGACUUCCUUCUUUCUUUUGACCAUUUCAAGCACAUGUUGGUCUUUGUCGUACCAUAAUAGGUACCCUUUGAGGGCACCCGGAGAACAGGAGCCUCCGCCACCACCUCCAAGGCUCACAGCCACUGUCCAGCCAAGGGUGAUAAACGCCAGCCUGGACCACACAUAUGAAGAUGUUGUCAAUGCUUUAACAGAGUUCAUCUACGUAUUCAGCGUUGCCAACAUGUCAUCGGACUCUGCGCUGCGCGUGUCCGUGUCCUCCGAUGACGCCACGCUGGACCUGCCGCUGCUGUUCGCCGUCCGGCAGCAGAGGGGGAUCCUCUCCUGGCCCGUGCCACUCUCGCUGAAGAGGGGAAAUCAACAACACCUAUACAUGGAGGUCAGUAAGACCAUCUGCCCGGUACAGGACUACGUGCACGCCGAGGCGGCCGACGCGGCCACCACAGAGAACCUGUACCUGGAGGUGGCCACUGCCAGCGCGCGAGACGUCGGCUUCAGCCUGGUGCUGCGCCAGGAGCGGGUCUCCAUGGGAUUGGAGAACUCGACCGAGUUCCAGGUGACCCCUUCAGCUCCCCGCCUGGCGCGGUUUACGUUCCCGCCCGGUGUGAGCACCGCCCUGGUGCGGGCCACCUCUCCGGAUGACAUCUGUGCCACUGUCAGCAUUCAAAACGUCUCGUGUCCGAUAUUUGACACCCAGCGGGACGUCGUGUACGGUAACCAGUACCAGACGAUGACGCUGAAGGCGGGCAUCACAGUCCGGCGGGAGAACUUUCCGAACGGCAUGUUCAUCGUGCUGGUGGUACACGGGGACGACACGCAGUGCAGUCGCAGCUACCAGCACAUCGGCGCCGACCGCAGGAAGACUGUUCAGCUGCUCGUGCAGGAGAAGAUAUCGCCCGUGGACUACCUGACAGCCACGGUGGGCGCGCUCUGCUUCUGUGGCCUCUUCUACCUGCUCUCCAUCGUGCUCAGCGUGGUCCACUUCGUCAGACAGCGUCGGCAGCGGCAGCAGCUCCCGGACGACACGCCGCCGCCAGUGGCCAACUAUGGGGCCAUCUCUGCCGGCAGCUCCAGUACGAUCAUUGGCAGUGACGCCGUACCGGGCGACACGGGCGCGCGGCUCAGGGACACCCUGUCGGGAGCCGGACCGGCAUCGACGCCCAGCUCGGGUUCCGGGCGACAGGGCAGUCUGCAGCGGGCCGACUCCGACUCGUCCCUCUCGGAGACGGAGGUCGAUAUGCUGCCGGAGACCGACCAGGAUAAGAACCUGUUCAGGACGAAGACGUUUCUCUUCGUGUCCGACCUGGCGCGGAAGAACCCUCGCGUGCUGGCCAAAAAGUCGCAGCUCUACAUCUACAAUCUGAUUACGAUCGCCGUCUUCUACGCGGUGCCCGUGGUGCAGCUGGUGAUCACCUAUCAAAAGGUACUGAACGUGACCGGCGACCAGGACAUCUGCUACUACAACUUCCUGUGCGCCCACCCGCUGGGCGUGCUGUCCGACUUCAACCACGUCUACUCCAACGUGGGCUACGUGCUGCUGGGACUGCUGUUCAUAGGACUGGUGAAGCGCAGGGAUCUGAUGCAUCAAGAGCACGUGCGCGCCAACGACCGAUAUGAACAGUAUUACGGCAUCCCGCGCCACUUUGGCCUGUUUUACGCCAUGGGCGCCGCGCUGAUGAUGGAGGGCAUCCUGAGCGCCUGCUAUCACGUCUGUCCCAGCUACUCCAACUUCCAGUUCGACACGGCGUUCAUGUACGUGAUCGCGGUGCUGUGCAUGCUGAAAAUCUACCAGACGCGCCACCCGGACAUCAACGCCAGCGCCUACGUCACCUUCCUCGUGCUCUCGUUCGUCGUGUUCGUGGGCGUCAUCGGCGUGCUCGAGGGCACGGUCUACUUCUGGUUCGGCUUCAUCGCGCUCCAUAUGGGCGCCUGUCUGGUGCUCGGCGCCCAGAUCUACUACAUGGGACGCUGGUCCAUCGAUUCGGGCGUAUUCCUACGGAUCUACCAGAGUAUCCGCGCCGACCUGGCCACGUCCCCCACCCACUGUUUCCGGCCGGCCUACCCGGACCGGAUGGCCCUGCUCGUCAUGGCUGGACUGGUAAACAUUGGCCUGGCCGUGUUCGGAGGCAUCACGGUGCCCAAGGACUUCGCCUCCUACCUGGUGACCAUCUUUAUUACCAACCUGCUGCUCUACACGACUUUCUACAUCAUCAUGAAGCUGCGGAGCGGCGAGCAGGUGCUGCUGCAGCCGUUCCUCUACAUCGUGCUGUCGUGCAUCUCCUGGGGCGCGGCUCUCUACUUCUUCCUGCAGAAAUCCACCACUUGGCAGCUGAGUCCGGCGCAGUCGCGCACCAAGAACCGGGACUGCGAGAUCCUCAGCUUCUACGACGACCACGACAUCUGGCACUUCCUCUCGGCCUCCAGCAUGUUCUUCGGAUUCAUGAUUCUGCUGACAUUGGACGACGAUCUGGUUUUCACUCGCCGAGACAAGAUUCCCGUGUUCUGAAGCGGGCUCAACACCAGUUGGUCUUCGAGCCUGCUGUGGUUCACAUACAACGGAGCGAGACUAGGCCGUUCAUCGGAGCGAUUUGGGCGAAACUUAGCGUCGUCAGCUUCGGCGUAUUAUCAACUGCUCUCUCCGCGUGGUCGUUUGUGUAGCGAAGAAGAGUUACCAAGGUCGGUAUCGUGUACCCACUGGAGAAAGCUCGGCAUUCUGGGAUGGAUGACGCGCUCUCACAGAGCGUCAGAUGUAUCACGAAGGCCAGUCAAAGCAGGGUUACUGUGUCCCGGCGCGGCGUUGGCAAUGAUGGCGGCUGGUCGACAUUGCCUGCUCGUAGUGGGUGAUUCCACCGCGGUCGCUGCGCCCAAACGAGGCUGUCGAUGUUGGGACGAACACCACCCGGGAGCGGGACUGCAAAGUGCAAUGGGCGGUGAGCGACUAACGAUAGCCACGAGUCUAGCUGCGACAGAUACCACGGGUCAGAAAAUACGAGGGAUAGAUAACAAAAGGUCCAGCAAUGUUCCGCCGACGAGCGUUUGGAAUCGGAGCAUAGACAGCACGAGCGAGGGGCACAGGCUAUUUACGCGAUUAACAUAGGCAACCGCAGCCGACAUUGAAGUCACGCGAUACAUCGCUUGGUCAGCGGAGGCACUGCUGACCUGAAGUCACUGCUGACCUGGUGUCACUGCUGACCUGGGGUCACUGCUGACCUGGGGUCACUGCUGACCUGGGGUCCGGAAUGCGGCGCGGCGAACGGCUGUUUCACUGGUCCGUAUUGAUGUUGUAUCCCCUAUGCAGUAUUUGUGAGGACCUGGGGCGGCGCGUCCGCCGGAAGUUCUCACCUACCGUUUGGACCAGCUGGUUGCCUGAAUCUAUUUUCAUCGCCUAUGCUGAUACCCUUUUGUACGCGUCGGCUUUCUAUCUGGUUCCAAUUCUGGUUGGGACGGUAUUUUUCAUAUCACCUAGCUGGUACUAGUCCAGUUGUAUUGAUCAGAGGGCAAUAUAGGGAGGUGACUUUCCAAAGACAUCGGGUAGGCUUACAUUAUUACAUUAUAUAGUUAUUAUUUAUAGCUAACCAUAAUUAUAGCAUUAUCCAUAAAAUGCGCCGAUAUUUAUUGCAAAGAAUGGCUGCACGCGUUAUUCCACUUAAAUAUACAUGUAGCAAUUUUACCGUGAACGCUUCUCCACACCACUAUGUAUUACCUAAUCAAUGUGUAAGUCGACCUGUACGUUAUGAUAUCGGUGCCACACAGCGGCACUCACGAAUAAUCGCUAAAUGUACGGAACGAUCAUACAAUGCACGCGUCGCGCAGCCAAGUUAUAUUGAUCCGAAAUCUUAUUAGUCAGUAAUCGCGUGUGCGUUCUUCGAUAGUGAUUAUAGUAGUUGUGCGUUCUUCGAUAGUGAUUAUAGUAGUUGCAAAGAAAGAUCGUUACUAUAAGGGAAGUUGUUUUAUGGAUGUAGGCAGUCAGUUGGUGUUUUUCGGUUGAUUCCCGUUCCUUGGAUCGUGUAAGAUGUUGAUGGCGACAGGAAAUUCUCGGCGUUGUCUGACAAUGGUAGCUCGACUCGGACCGACGCACUCGAGUGACUCGAGUGACUCACUCGGACCGACGUACUCGGUCCUCGGUACGACACACUGACUAGUUAUUUAGAGAUGACGAGUGCGACCUUCUAGACGCCCAAAGUUCGCCCACCUCUCGACUCGACUCGACAACGAGCGCACCGACCCUUUUCCUGACUCGUAUGGUCCGACCUCUAUGACCGAACGCCUCCUGGUUUCCAACCGAUCACCCAUCGCUGACAAACUUGAUCGACCCGGCGACCCGACCCAACUCGACCCGAUAAACCUCGGCUUCACUGGGCCGCCCGUGACCGAUUUUCCCGUGUAUGCGUCUUUGCUUGUUAUGUUUAUGUUGGCUGUGAAAUAUAUGCGCGAUGUGG